UCUAAAUAGUACCUUGGAGUAAGUAUGAUGUAUUUAUAUAAUAUAUAUGUAUAUAUUAUUUAACGCGUUUUGAAUCUUUCCAACAGAAAAACCUGCCAUUUUUAUGUCUUUCUGUUCAACUGCGUUUGUAUAUAGUUGGAGAAGGGGAGAUAAAACGAUGAGAAAAUCAAAACCCUAACCCAAGACCAAGACCAAAACCAAAACCAAAACCAAAUUCAUUCCAAGGGAUAGGUGAUAUAUAUAAAGAGAGAUCGUAAAAGAAGGUUGAUCACUCACACAACUGUUUCUUCUUUUUCUACGCUCAUCUUUUUAUAUUUGGUGCUCUAUUGUUGAAGGUUUCUUUCUUUGAAUCGUCAAUUUCAGUGUACAAUUCCCAAUAUAAUAGUUUUCUGGGUGUUGGGUUUUCUUCCGUUGAUUUUGGUUUUGAUUUUGAUUUAUAAUCAUGUUUUGGUUGAGGAAUUGAAGGGUUUGGAAGUGUUUUUUUGUAGGUUGUGUUUUGUCUUUUCAACUAACAAGAUAAAUUUUAUUUUCGAUUGGAAGAGAUUUUACAUUAGGGUUUUAUUAUUUGCUUAAUUGGGUUCAAUUCUUCUUCGUGGCAAUUAUUGUGUGCUAUAGGGUUUUCUUUGAAUUGUUGUUGUCUCUUUUAUUAGAAAGAGAUUCUAAUUUACUUUGUAAAUUUUUUUUUUUUUUUGGGUGAAUAAAUUGGUUUUGUAAAAUAUUUUCUUAGUAUGUGAGGUGUCUAUUGAUUUUUGCAGAGAGUAUAAUAGUUCUGUUGAUCAUGGAUGAGAAGGGCCUCAUUUGGAUGUUAUCAUUUCAAAAGCUUUACUUCUUUGAGAGGAAAAAUCUUCGGUUCUCAACUGUUGUGUCUGAAUUUAAAUGAAACAUUUUAGGACGAUUAUAGAGCUGAUUAUAGAGCUGUAUUAGAUGGGAAACAACUGUGUUGGAUCAAAUAAUUGUGUUGGAUCAAUCUCAAAGGAUGGAUUCUUUCAAACGAUUUCCAAUUCGUUUUGGUGGUCCCGAUCAUCACAUAUUAAAACUUAUAAUCAUAUGCAAGUUAGUGUUGAAGAACCUUCUGUAGUCAAAGAGCCUGCAGUUCAAAAUAAGCCCCCUGAACCAGUGAAGAUAGUUAAGGAAGAGACUAAACCACCUCGGCCCACCAAGGCAAAGGCAGAAGAGGUGAAGACAGUUAAGGAAGAGACUAAACCACCACGGCCCACCAAGGCAAAGGCAGAAGAGGUGAAGAUAGUUAAGGAAAAAGAGAUUAAACCAUCACAGCCCACCAAUGAAGAAGAGACUAGGGCAGCAGAUCCCACAAGACCAAUGAAGCAGCUGCACAACGCCAGGAGAACGUUGAGUCACGGGCUUCAGUCAGAGUCCGUGUUAAUAACCAAAACUGGUCAUCUGAAGGAAUUUUUUAAUUUGGGGCAGAAAAUAGGACAUGGGCAGUUUGGAACUACUUUUCUUUGUGUGGAGAAAGCAACUGGGAAAGGGUAUGCUUGCAAAUCCAUUGCAAAACGAAAACUGUUGACACCGGAUGAUGUGGAUGAUGUUAGGAGGGAAAUUGAGAUUAUGCAUCACUUGUCUGGGCACCCUAAUGUCAUUUCAAUCAAAGGGGCAUAUGAGGAUGCUGUAGCAGUUCAUCUUGUCAUGGAACUGUGUGCAGGGGGUGAGCUCUUUGAUAGGAUUGUUAAGCGGGGGCAUUAUACAGAAAGAAAAGCAGCUGAGCUUGCUAGGACUAUAGUUAGUGUAAUAGAAGCCUGCCAUUCAUUGGGAGUCAUGCAUCGGGACCUCAAGCCUGAGAAUUUUCUUUUUGUCAAUGAGCAAGAGGAUUCACCUCUCAAGACUAUAGACUUUGGAUUGUCGGUAUUCUUUAAGCCAGGGGAAAAAUUCACUGAUGUGGUUGGGAGCCCAUAUUAUGUUGCACCUGAAGUUUUAUGCAAGUGUUAUGGUCCAGAAGCCGAUGUUUGGAGUGUUGGUGUUAUCAUUUAUAUUCUCCUAAGUGGAGUUCCUCCAUUUUGGGCAGAAACCGAGAAAGAGAUAUUUGAAGAGAUUUUGCAUGGUGAUCUUGACUUCUCAUCAGAUCCAUGGCCUAAUAUUUCUGAAAGUGCAAAAGAUUUAGUGAGGAAAAUGCUUGUUAGAGACCCUAGGAAGCGGCUGACCGCCCAUGAAGUUCUCUGCCACCCUUGGGUCCAGGUUGAUGGGGUGGCGCUGGACACCCCUCUUGGUUCUGCAGUUUUAAGACGCUUGAGACAGUUCUCAGCCAUGAACAAGCUUAAGAAAAUGGCUCUUAGAGUCAUUGCUGAGAGUCUCUCUCAAGAAGAAAUUGCUGGGUUGAAAGAAAUGUUCAAAAUGAUAGACACAGACAACAGUGGGCAAAUUACUUUUGAAGAACUCAAGGCUGGACUGAAAAGAUUUGGUGCAGAUCUUAGUGAGUCCGAGAUCUACAAUCUAAUGCAGGCUGCUGAUGUUGAUAAUAAUGGCACUAUUGAUUAUGGGGAGUUUAUAGCUGCGACAUUGCAUCUUAACAAAAUUGAGAAGGAAGAUCAUCUAUUUGCGGCUUUUUCAUAUUUUGACAAAGAUGGCAGUGGUUAUAUAACCCUAGAUGAGCUUCAACAAACCUGCAAAGAGUUUGGCAUAGAUGAUUUCCACUUGGAAGAAAUUAUCCAGGAAGCUGAUCAAAACAAUGAUGGUACCAUAGAUUACAAUGAGUUUGUGGCCAUGAUGCAAAAAGGAAACGACGAUUUGGCUAAGAAGCGUCACAAAAGUAGUUUUAGUAUUGGAUUUAGGGAGGCCCUCCAGGUUUGUUGAUACAAUGAUGCGGCUUUUUUUUUUCAUUUUUUCCGGUUCUCAUUAUUUUUUGUUGUAUACAAAUCUUACUAGGUCAAAGGAUUAUAAAGUGCUGGUGUAUUUAUCAGCUUCUUUUAGUGUUUGCAUGAAGUUUCUUAGCAGUUACAAGUGUUCAGGUUUUGUGAAUUUCACAACAGGGCUGUCCUCUGUUUAUGUUACACGGAAGAAAAAGGUUAUUGAUUCC